ACCUAAACAACAACAACAACAGAAAAAACACAUUUAUUUUGCACUUUAAAACAAGUUGGCUGACGGCUGUUGGCUUGCUCUUUUGACGCGAGAAGUCAUCGGCGAUUUUUUUUUCUUUUUUUUUAACGGAAAAAAAACGCCCGAUUUUUCGGUCGACGGGUAUCGACGUUAACCGGCUACACGCCAGCUCGCGACAUUUUGCUGCUUUUUUAAAAGUCAUUUUUAUUCGUGCUUUUGUUUUUGUUGUCAGUGGCGUUUCGUCCGCCUCCCCACCCCUCCUCUCCCACGCAUUGUAUCGUGACGCUUCUAACAGUAAACACUAUACCGUUUUUUAAAAGUAAUUUCACGGGAUAUUUUUUUUUUUGGGGAGGGUUUGUUUUGCUGAAAACAUAACAUUACCGUACCUGCUGUGUGGCCGCUGUUUACCUCGCUGUCUGCCAAGUCGGACUCGAACUGCGACUGAAUCUGCGCUCCAUCUCUUUACGGGUAACUUCUAGAAAGAAGACUUUGGACGACGCUUUUCUGCCUAUUUUGUUGUUAGUUUUUUUUUUCCUGCCGUGAACCGACUCUACACCGAAAGCGGCCAACAACUGUGCUUAACGCAAAGCUGAGAGAAGCUAGCAACAGAAAGAAAAGAGACCCAUUUGAUGGAAGAAAAGCGAAAGAAAAAACAAGAAGAAAAGGAGGCCUGACGUCGCUCAGAAAAAAAGGCCGCUGAUCAGAAACCCAAAGUGCCGGAGCCUGCUCCCACUAAGCCCAGUCCCGGCCCGCCCCACCACCUCCACCCCGCCAGCCCUACGCUGCCCCUCUCCUCCUCCUCCUCCUCUUCUUCUGGCAAUGGCAAACGCGCCUCCUGCAGUAGCCAACUCCCAACCCAGACUCCUCCUCUGCAGCAGUGCCAGUUGCCCUCUGCCAGUGCUCGCUACCCGCCCAGAGAGGUGCCCCCGCGCUUCCGCCAGCAGGAGCACAAGCAGCUACUAAAGAGAGGCCAGCCACUGCCCGCGGGAGCCCUCGGCGCGCUCACCCUCUCCUGUUCUUCUUCUUCUUCUUCCUCCUCCUCCUCUUCUACGAGUACCAGCAGCACUUCCCCAAACUCUGCUGUGUCCGCUGCGGUAAAACUCCACGCAGACACGUCCCUCCAGAGUGGCUCCUUUGCCCAGUAUGAGACCUCUCAUUGGGGAGACUCUUUGCCAGUUGACAGCUCGUCCGGCACCAACAGCUGGGACAAAGUGAUUUCUGACCGAAGUAACACAGAAGUUUGGCCCGCCAUAGGCCACAGUACUCAGCCCUGCUACCCCGCAGCACCAGAAUGCUCCUUAGGCUCAGCUAGCUCUUACACGGACACGAGUGCUGUCACUACUACCAGUGGUAAUAGUUUCAUGAGUAUGGCCACAGGUGCCGCAGGCCAGCAGGCCCACUACUCCUCUCUUAAAGCCAACAAUAACAUGAUGACGGGACCUGGGUCAGCCAACACAUGCGGUAGUAGAGGCUGGGGCUCGGAUGGGAAACAAGAUGGUAUGAAUGGUGGUCGAGUAGGGGGGCCCAAUAACUGGGGCUCUACCAAUUUUAACUUGAACCUCAAUCCCAAUGCCAACCCAUCAGCUUGGCCUGUUCUGGGCCACGAGGGUGGUGGAAGUUGUAGUAUUGGCCCCAAUGUGGUGUCAAACUCCCCAUCCCUCCCACCAGGUAUUAACUGCAAUGGAAACAUGGGAAAUGGGAGCCUGGGGGGAAAUGACGGGGGAGGUUGGGUUGGCAUGAUGAGUGCUAAUGAAAAUGAUCAACAGCACCCUUCAACUAACACAAGCCUGUCCUUCAAGAUGGAACCUUCUAACCUUAACAAUGAUGGACCAAACCACACUAAGCAGCAGCAACAAGCUCAGGAGCCUAUGAGCCCUAUUCACGGGAUAACUGGCUGGGGAGGCCAGUCCCCCACUGAAUCCUCCCAGCUCAAUGGGGACACAACCGGCAGCUCUGUAUGGGGUAGUGGAGAAACCAAGGCAGCUGACUCUCCCAAGGAAUCGGGCUGGGACUCUGCUCCCUCUGGAGGCCAUUCUGCUUGGGGCCGGCAAGGCAGUGGUGGUGGAAGCAGUGGAAGUGGUGGCUGGGGUGACUGGGGGAAGUCCUCUGGCGGCGGAGAUGCACCUAAAGGCUGGGAGUCAGUGGAUGCUGGUAGCUCUGGUUCAGGCCAAGAGCAACAACUCGGCUCAUGGGGUCAGCAGCCCAGAACAGCCCCAGCGAGCGACGCAAGUGGCGACAGCAACGAAAGUCAAUCUGGCCACAGAGACAGGUCCUCCAGCACAGAUUGUACCACUGUGCUCCCUCGACACGACCUGGACCCUCGGGUGCUGAGUAACACGGGUUGGGGACAGACCCCGAUCCGACAGCACACUAUAUGGGAGAUGGAAGAAGCCAACUUAAUUGAAGGAAAGAGCAAAGGCAGCUCAGCCUCCACAGGAGGGCACAGCUCUAAUGUUGGACCCUCAUCCAUCAAUGGAGGUACCAUCAACCCGAAAAUUGGCCCCAGUCAGAGGCCUGGGUCUGGAGAAAAAAAUGACUCCAAUGAAGGAUCGUCUUCCUCUGGCUGGAGAGCCCCUCCACCUCAGCCUACCCAAACUGGAUCAGGAUGGGGGAACCUCCCACAGUCGCACAGCAAAGCACCAAAUGGCACUACCAGUGGCUGGGGUGAAUCUGUGCCUCCCAAUGGUCCCAGAAAUGGAGGCACACCAUCCUGGGGUUCUGAGGAAAAAUCGUCCGGUUGGGACCAUGGCCCCGCAAAAAGUCAACCGACCAACUGGGGAGAGGGCCCCAAAAGCUCCCAUGGAUGGGGCAACAGCAAUGGCGGCUCCAACGGCCCGAGCAGUGGGGAGUGGGGAGAGACGGAGGUCAAGAACAACGGAUCGUCCAGCAGCAUGUGGGAAGGAGAAGGAGGUAAUGGAGGAAGUGGAGGCUGGAAGGAAAGCCCCAGGGGAGGAAAUAGAGGAGGAGGCUGGAGUAAGCCCGCCCCUGCUGUGAGUAAUAACAGCUGGGGGGAGAACCCACGCGCCAAUGGCACGAUGCAGGGGAGCUGGGGUUCUGCCAAGCCUCAGGAAAGCAGCAGCAGCAGCAGCAGCAAUGGCAGCGGAGGAGGUGGAAGCAUGGGUUCAUGGGGUGGUCCUGGAACUGUAAAGCAGAACUCAUCCAACUGGGGAAAUGGCAGCAAACAGGACCAAGGCAUGGAUCCCACUGGCUGGGAAGAGCCCUCCCCUCCCUCUAUCCGUAGGAAGAUGGAGAUUGACGAUGGAACGUCCACCUGGGGGGAUCCCGUCUCCAACAAAAAGACUGUCAACAUGUGGGAUCGCAACAAUCCCAAUAAUAACCCGGGCAACAGCGGCCCACCGCCCAGUAAGAGUGGUGGAGUGAUAGUGCCCAACAAUAACAACCCCAAUCACUCGGUUGGCCCUGGCAACAGCAGUCACCAUCACACCCACCACAUGCACCACCACCCCCCUCAUCAUGGCCAGCCCCCAGCUCACCUGCAACACCAUGGAAACAACAAUGGGUCAUCCAACAAUGGCUCCUCACAUCCAGGUGGGGGCCCCCAGGGCAGAGCCCCGCUCGCCAACCCAGGUUGGGGAGAACUUCCCAAUGUUCCACCUAAGUCUGAGCCUACUUGGGGAGAGACGGCGGCUCCAACAGCAUCCGUGGACAACGGCACCUCUGCCUGGGGCAAGUCCACAGGGGGAGUAGGAGGAUGGGGCGACGGGGGCCACGAGUCCUCUGGACCCUAUGGCAGACCCAACGGCCCCACAGGUUCUUCAGCCUGCAAGCCAGGUCCCAAACCUAUGCAAGACGGCUGGGGAAAUGGAGGGGAGGAGAUGAGCAUGAAUACAGGCCAAUGGGACGCUGAGGACGGGGACAUGUGGAACAGCCCCACGUCCCAGGAGAGCAGCUCUUCUUGCAACUCCUGGGGCAAUGGACCCAAGAAGGGCCCGAGCAAGGGCAAGAUGGGCAAGCCAGAUGAAACUUGGAUCAUGAACCGGCUCAUCAAACAGCUCACUGACAUGGGCUUUCCGAGAGACCCUGCUGAGGAGGCUCUGAAGAGCAACAACAUGAACCUUGACCAGGCCAUGAGCGCCCUGUUGGAGAAGAAGACGGACCUGGACAAGCGGGGCAUGGGCAUGUCUGACUACAGCAACGGCAUGAACAAGCCUAUGGUGUGUCGGCCCUCUGCACUCUCCAAAGACCCCUGCGACCGCACUUCCUUUCUUGACAAGGAUGGUGUUCUGUCAGAUGAUGCCCCCCCAUCACCGUUUCUGCCUUCCCCCAGCCUGAAGCUCCCCCUGGCCAACAGUAGCCUUCCUGGGCAGGGUCUGGGGCAGGGCAACCCGGGGCUGGCCAUGCAAAACUUGAACAACAGACAGAUACCCAGUGGAAUGUUUGGCAGUAGUGGAGCAGCACAAACCCGGGCGAUGCUGCAGCAGCAGCCUCCUCAGCCACCAGUGCCACCUCUCAGCUCCUCCCAGCCUAGUCUACGUGCUCAAGUGCCUCAGUUUCUCUCCCCUCAGGUCCAAGCACAGCUCUUGCAGUUUGCUGCAAAAAACAUUGGUCUGAACCCUGCACUUUUAACCUCACCAAUAAACCCUCAACAAAUGACCCUCUUGUACCAACUUCAGCAACUGCAAAUGGCGUAUCAGCGUUUACAAAUCCAGCAUCAGAUGAUGCAGGCGCAACGCAAUGUUUCCGGCCCCAUUAGACAACAAGAACAGCAAGUUGCACGUACAAUCACCAACAUGCAGCAGCAGAUCCAGCAGCACCAGCGUCAGCUGUACCAAGCGCUGCUGAUAAAGCAGCAGCAACUUCCCUCUCACUCCUCCUCCUCCUCCGCCGCUGGUCUGCACGCCCCCGGUGCCCCCUCCGGAGGCCACGGCUCCGGCAAAUCAAGCCACGACUCCUACGGGGGCCCCCACCACACCCCGGGCCUCGCCGACACACUGCACACCAAAGAGCCGCGGUCUUCGCCCAAAGCCUACAGAUAUUAAUCCCUCUCUGGACUAAAUACAAACAUGAAUGUAAACUGCAUGGAGGUUGGGGGUUUGUCCCUGAAGGAGCCCCCCCAGCCCCAAUCCCGCCUGUCCCAGUGGACGCACUCUAACUCCAUGGACGGCCUCUCUGGCAACUCCUCAAACAUGGAGAACAACCACAAUAAGCACGGUGCCAUAUCUGCUGCCUCUUCCCUGGGCCCCCCUGGGAAGCCCACCCAUCUGGACGACUCCUACAGCCCAUACAAUCUAAUAUCCAGCUCGGAGUCCCCCACCAGCCCCAUGGUGUCCCAAGAAAGCUGGGGCCAAGGCAAGAGCCCCAAUGAAAAGAUCUCCAAUGGGACCAACAUUAACUGGCCCCCAGAGUUCUGCCCGGGUGUGCCAUGGAAGGGCCUCCAGAACAUCGACCCCGAGAAUGACCCCAACAUGACUCCAGGCAGCGUCCCCAACGGCCCCACCAUCAACACCAACAUCCACGACGUCAACCGAUACUUGCUGCGCGACAGGAACGGAGCCACUUCCCCAGCGCCGCCACUUCAGAAUGACCCUCUGCCUCCCGCCAGCAGCGACUGGCCAGUCAGUGGCCACUCUAGCUCUUUUCAGUCUCUCUUGUCCUCUGAUGGAGACGGCUCAGGCAAGCUGUCUGAGAUGAAGUCCACCUGGCCACAGGGGCCCAUCUCCCAGGGCCAAGCCUCUUUGUCCCACGAGCUGUGGAAAGUCCCUCAGGGGCCACGCAGCAACGCGGCCCCUUCACGGCCCCCACCAGGCCUCACCAACAGCAAACCCUCCUCCACCUGGGGCGGCAACUCUCUGGGCCUGGGCCAAGGAUGGAGCGGCUCCUACGCCUCUGAGGGAACCACCUGGAGUACUGACAGCUCCAACAGGACCAGCAGCUGGCUGGUGCUGAGGAACCUCACCCCACAAAUUGACGGUUCGACUCUGCGGACCCUGUGCAUGCAGCACGGACCCCUGGUCACAUUCCACCUCAACCUGACCCAGGGGAACGCCGUGGUGCGCUACAGCUCCAAAGACGAGGCCGCAAAGGCCCAGAAGUCUCUGCACAUGUGUGUGUGCUUGGGAAACACCACCAUCUUGGCGGAGUUCGCCGGCGAGGAGGAGGUGAACCGCUUCUUUGCACAAGGCCAGUCCCUGGCGAACAACACCACUAGCUGGCAGGCCAACCCAGGAACCAAUCAGAACCGUAUGGGCGGGGCGGCACAGUCCCACUCCAUUGGCCAGUGGAGCUGCGGAGGCAAGUCCGGUGGAGGCGACCUGCUGUGGGGCGGGAUGCCCCAUUAUUCCAGCCUGUGGGGGCCGCCAGGCGGCGACGACGGCCGUGUGAUCGGGAGCCCCACCCCCAUUAACACCCUGCUGCCUGGAGAUCUGCUGAGUGGAGAGUCCAUGUAGGAUGAUGCCACGAUACACCAACCAACCAACCAACCACCACCACCACCACCAUGUCACGUAAGCCAUCGGUGGUGGGUGGUUUAAAAAAUAAAUAAAAAACUCAAUAUGAACAGGAGCAAAACCCAAGCAAAUCAUGUGGCGAUAAUCAGUAUCAAUUUGAGCUGUUUGAACUGUGAACUGUGAAUCAGGAGGUCGGAGUCCGAACUACAUAGACUGCUGACUCCGGUCCUGCUGUUUUGCAUCGGUCCGUUUUUCCUUUGGUUUACCUUUUUUGGUAUUUUCUUUAAACGCAUUGUAUAAAACAAACUGAAAUGAGACACGAUACAAAGAAACCUUUGGAGUGUUUUUAGUUUUUCCAUAAGUAUACAUGACGUUCUGUGUGAAAUUGUUUUGGAGACUGUUUUUAGGAGAAGCAAUCAAAGCUGCCAUCUGAGACUUUUCCUUUUUCCCUCCAAAAAGAAGACAAAUCCCCAAAUAAGACUUAAAACGACCAUUCCCAGCAUGUCCAUGGCCAAUGAUGGGGUUCAAAGACCUUUACUAGUUCCGUUUGUUCCUCAGCACUAAAAUUAGCCUUAAGUGCUCUGUGGCCCAGGUCCUUCCCAAGCAGCCUUUUCUUUGUUCUUUCUUUCUUUGGUAACUCAAGAAAUAGCUGAAAUCUUGCACAGUUUCACCUCUGAACCAGCAGGUGUUACAGGACACGACUGCCACUGGGCGCUGAGCGACGUCGUGGCCACGUGACUGGUCCCUACCAAUCAUCAGCUUGAUUAUUUUGCUUUCUCAAAGGGAUUGACACAGCUGUAAAAAUGUUCCUUUUUUUGUAUGGCUAGACCCAAGCGUUUUUUUGAUAUCUACGAUAUAUAAGCUGAGAGAAGAUUAUCUGUCAACCUCACUGCGUGUCUCUGGUUCCGUACACGCCUACGUAGGUCCAGUGGCACCCAAUCACUGCAAGCCCAGAUCCUUCUGGUCACCUUCAACCCAGUCGCUUACUGGUGCUUUGCUGAAUUUUCUAUUGUCAGAUUUGUUACGAAGCCCAGCGGUUCGUAUGGUCGGCCAGAGAGAGAGAGAGAGAGAGAGAAAAAAAAGAAAACCAGAAGAAAAGAACACAAUUUCACCUUACAUUGUGCAAUAUACACCAUAGACCUUUCUUCCGUCCGCCGCAGCUGGUUUCUUAUUCGUUCUCUCGAUUGUUGCCGAUCGCAGCAAAAGACAUUUGGAUCGUCACAAGCCGAACACCCUUUUUCAAAACAAACUUGGAUUCCCUCCAGGCCGCCAAUCCCCCGCCCCCCCCGAAGCUGCUGGGGAGAACUCUGCAAGGAGGAGGAAGCAGCUGUUGAACUGUACUAAAGAGUGACACAAUAAUGCACACUUCCUCUCCGCAUGCCACAGCCACACCCAGCAGAGAGUCCACGGUGGGAUCGGACGGUUCUGGGUAUCUGGCACAAUACCAAAUAAGAGGGGUUUCUCCUAAUGCAGUAGACCUUCGAGUGUUCCUUGCGUUUGGUACUGUACAAACAGAAGAGACUUUUAUAAAUUCAAAGGGUUUUAUCAUAGCACUUAUGAAGAGCAAAUCGCUUCAACCGCAAUCCAAUGAAUCAAAAUGGAGGAGAAAAAAAGGAGCAGCGUGAACAUUGAAAAAAAAACGAAAGAAACUCUGCUCUUUUAUGUACUAUAUGUGUUGUGUUUUUCCUCCGGUAGCAGGAUGAAGGGAAACACAAACUGAAAUGUACCAUUGGACAUUGGUGAACAACUGCAGUCUGUUUAGUUUCUUUCCUCCUCUGAACGAUAUCGAAGUGAAUAUCACUGUUACUCCAAAUACUUUGCCUUUUUCUGUUUGGAGGUACGGGACUCGCAACGUCGGGGGGGGGGGUCUGUGCUGAGGUCGCUCUGGGGGUUGAGCGGCGGCCCCUACAGCGCAGCACUUCCCCCCAGCCCCCCCCGCCGUGCCAGGCAAAAAACGCCUCCCAGACUGGCAACUCAUGGCUCACAGCCCUGGACCCCUGGACGUUCGUCCCGCCCUCUCCCCCAGCUCCACGCUCUUUGACACACAGAUCACUUUAGCUGGAAGAGGGAAUAGUCAUAUUUCUGGAAUUUUCUUUGCCACUGUUCAUUUAUUUUUCUUUGUGGGAAAGAUCCUUCUGACUUUAUCUGUUCCAAUGUGUCGUCGCCUGCAGUGGUCCACACAACUCUGGCUGCUGAACCGGCCCCCUCACUGUUGAUAUGCAGAAACACUUUGGUCAGAGGUGCCUCUGCACGUUCGCCCUGUGUAUUGAAUGCAAAACGAGGAUCAAUACUACGGAGCGCCAUUGAUUGUCAAUUUGUUUUGAACUGAUCGUGCUUUUGUGUUUAACAGUAUUCUGUAGUACUUCCAGGUAGUACCUUGAGAUGUGUAAAAAUUGGGUGUCUCAGACGAGGGGUCGUGGGUGUUUGUUGCGCCAAGCUGCUCCGCCUGUUCCAGCCCCCCUUCCCCCCCCCAAACCCCGCCCUCGCCCUUUGCCUAGCUGCUACACGCUGUGACCUCCUCUCCGGCUCCGCCUCAACCAGACCCAGUAGCCCCGCCUCCUCACUCUGACCAGGCACGGACAGGCCCCUCCCAUCUGUUUCUAUGCAAAAGACUCGAGGCUGGGGCCCUUUACAGCACGCCCAACCUCACUCGGGAACGAGCACUCGUCCCAGAGCGCGGCGAACCCCUUAGCGCCCCCCCCUCAGAAUGCGUAGAGUCAGGCUGAGCCCCCGGAACCGUACCCGAGUCCAGGCACUUAAUCAAAAGGUAGGGCCUUCCUCUGUGUGCUGGAGACCCUUCUGUCCACUGUUACUCAGGGUCGGGCAGUAGAUGGCGGCGAGUGCGAGAUGGCGCUCUCUCGGCCCUCUUAGCCGGGGGGGGGGGCAGGCAGGGGGGCAAAGUCUUAAACGGGAGGACCGUCUGCGCUUCAUGAACGGACCUCACGCCUCCAACUCGAUCCUAAUUGGAAGGGAAAAGGCUGGUUUGGGAUCUUUUUCUAUAUUGACUGCGUCGGGGGCCCCGAUAAAAGUCACCAACAUAAUGUGCCAAUAUAAAUUAGCUGUGUCUUUACAGAGAGCACUUGUUCCCUGUUUGGAGGAGCUUUGAUGACCUUGCAGAGGGCGCAGCGGGGGGACAGGAGGGAUGGAACAAAUGGCGGCAGCAUCACACCCUCAAAUGGCUGAGAGUUUAUUUGAUUUGUUAUGCUUUUGUGGGGAUCGCCCCAUGCGAUGGAGAAAAUCUUUACUCAGUUGGGUUUUCCCAGUUUGCUACAGUGCACAGUUGAUGAUGGGUAAUCCCGGGUACAUAUUUUUUUAAAACCAAAAAUAAAAUUGCAUUUUAACGUCAUUUUUAUGAAGUUUGACAUAAAAAUCUUAAAAAUGCUAAAAAAUCUAAAUGGAGAAAAAAAAAAUCUAUAAUAUGUUAAAGCUCUGCACUUCUAGCUGAAACGUCUCCGGUCAUCAGCCUCUACUACCACCAUCUAAAGGGGUAGACUGGUGGCCGGGGUGCCUUUUUUGUGGAUGCUGUAUUUAUCUGGAUUUUAUGUUUGUGUCCCGCUCAAAGCGCGACCGCCGAACUGUACGUGUCCACAGACCCAGACGGCUCGGGACAACUGUAUCAGCCUCGCUCUCCUCGCUCUGCGUCAGGCGGAGUGGGGGUGGGGGGGGGCACAUCUCAAGAGGUACCAAGUCUUAAAAACAUUUUGGAAAAAAAAAAAGUUUAAAAAAAAAACAUGGCGGAAGAAGAAGAGGAGAAAAAAAAGCAGGCGGGGGAAAGGCUACCUUUCAGGACUCUCAGUCCUGCAGCACACAAGCAAAAAUCACUAUUGCCUGUUUCUGUAACUGCCUUGAUCCAAGCUCAGACAGACCCAACAGCCCGGACCUCCUCCUGCACCCUGACCGUGAAGGGGUUUCCCAUGCUGCACCAGCAUCCAGAGGGCCUCCUCUCUACACCUCCGCUCUAGAUAACCGUGUGUGUGUGUGUAUUUACAUAGACGUGUAUCUAUAUAUGCACACACACAUGCAUACUGUCAGUUUGGUGUGUGUGUGGUAUCACCUCUUCAGACUUCUUGGAUCGUGACCUCUGAAACGUUUCGUUUUUGUUCGAAAAAGAUCUUAGUUUCACACAACUGAAAAAUGAGCAAUAUGUAUUUUCCCCGCAAAUAAGUGAAACGAAGGAGAGAAUUUGGGGGGGGGAGAGGGAGGGGGGUGUGAACUGAUACUUUAUUGAUUGGAAGCAUCGGCUUUCUUGUAUGGAGUUGGAUAUGCACGUUCCGGUUUCGCUGACAUAUUACAGUACUCUGAAGUGCUCGUACUGUACAUAUGUGUAUAUGUUUGUUAGUUAGCCGUCUAUAAGCCCAACACAACCAGUCCAGUCAGAAAUCACAGACAUAUCAAAAUAAGACAAAAUAUUAAACGCAAAUACUUGAAUCACGGAGCGCCAACAAUGUAAUGUGAAGUCUUUUUUCUCCUUUUGUUCUCUCCAUCUGACGGGUACACCCAGGGGCUUUUAGACAAUAGAAAAACAUGUAUUGCAUCGAGUUACAAAUACAAAAUCUUUUGUGGAAAAAAAUGCAAACGUCAUCUUUGAUGUGUGCGUGAAGGUCAGAUGUUCGUAUGAAUGUGUGCGCGAGAAACUGUGUAGCGGGCACGCGGGCCGCUGUAAUGCUCCACUCAGUAUGUUACAUUUCUUUUGUUUUAUUUGUUUUUUUCUGUCAAAAAACUAUUGUGAUAGACAUUGUUAUUAUCGUCUAACGUUGCACUGAGUGUCUUCUGCCCCUCGCUCAGCUAAUCGUAGGUAAACGAGUUUAAGUACUGAGGGGAGACGGUGACAAUUCACGUGUUCAUGUUUACUCAAGGACUUAAUGGAUUUGUGUUCAUUCUAUCUGUAAAAAGUUGAUCUACCUUAUAGUGGCUUUUAUUGUGGAAUAAUCCAGUACAAGGAUUAUCAUUGAGUAUUGCACCAUUUUGUUCAAAUUCUACAAAAAAAAAAAUGGGAAAAAAAAUGUAACAUAAAAAAAGUUUUAAAAAAAUUAUAAAAACAAAAGGGGGUAAAAAAAAAAAAAACAAGAACUGUGGCCAUAGAUAGUUGUAGAAGGACUAGAGAUCCCUAAGUUAACUAAGAGAAAUAGAACGGGAUGACGUGUGGGAGGUGAGUUUGUUACAAGACUCAUUUCAGAGGUGCCUAUCUUUUCUGUUUGUCUGUUUUUUGCAAAAGCCACCUGUCGUUUACAAGCAUUUCAUUCAUCCCAAGUUCAAGCUAAUAGGAAUUUAUAACGGGAAUGUUGAGACAAAUUGAGACUAAUUUCAUCUUCCAUCAAAUGUGGACAUGGAAAUCUUGCAAAAUGAAGACUAUUGCUACUUUUAAGAACUCUGGGAUUGAUCAGUGUUGCGUCAUUUCAAUAGUUCUUUCGUUCAGCGUCGACAGACUAUCUCUAUGUAUUGAGUUGUGAUUUUAUAUUUCCUGUAAGCGACAGUUUGCUCGAUAUCUUGCACACUCAUUAAAGAUGUGGAUUUUGUCUCAGGAAGGCCAGGGUUCCAGAUCACAACUCCAUCAUUUCUAGAUUUAAUGUUUUUGUGAAAAGAAUUAAACUCUAAGCGAGCACUGAAGGUCACGAGUUUAACAGAAUAUAGAAAGUACCAAGUACCAACGAAAAAACGUUUGUAGCAAGUUAUAUAUUUACCAAAUAAGACUAAGAAUCAACUUUGAAAGAAAGCCGAGCGCUUUACAUGUGAAAUCUAAGUAUAAUUGCUUUACAUUUAAACUGAUCAACAGUUUGUGGAAAAGACAGUGACAGAAAAAUGCAUUUGUACGUUUUGACUUUAAAGUUUCCAUCCUGUGGUCCAGGAGCAUUGUGCAAGUAUUGUAUUGUUUUGUUUUAAUGAUUCUUAAGUCAUCUCUCCUGUCUGUCGGCAUGUCUGCUCCUGCGACAGGUGCUUGGAGGUUGGUUGACGUGUAACGGAUGGUUCUCAGAGGCACGUUUGGGGGGAAAUAAAGCUGGUUUUUAAAGGAUCAUGAUCUAUGCACAAGUGGGAGGGAGGAGUCCGAACCGAGCCGCUGUGCUGCUGCUGUUUGUCGACUCGGACUCUGGGGUUCAGGGUUUUAUGUGGGCUUGUUGUCGUUUGUUUUUCUCGUGCUCAAAUCUCCUCCAAUCGGCGUCCCUCGUCCCCCUCAUCAUCAUCAUCAUCAUCAUCAGCAUCAUCGACAUCUAAUGUUUGAGUAAGACUUUACAUUGUGUGUAACCCUUAACCAAUGAGCGCUUAUUCUUCUGCUAAAGCACUGUGGGUUGUACUGAAAAAAAAAGCCCAAGACUUUUAAGGUCAUUUUCUUUCUUUUUUUUCUAUGAACUGGGAGGAGGAGGGGGGAGGGUUGUGGGCCAAUCGGGGAACUCUGCCUUUGCCUUUCUCUUUACUUAGGAAAAAAAAACAUUAUGGAAAAUGUCUGUAACUGAAAUACAAAGUUGUGGCUUUUAAUGUUGAUUUGUUUCUCCUCAUAGAAUGUGAUUGUUAAGAACAUACACCAGAAAAUGUUUCCGUGGAUUAUGGAUCUUCUUUCGGACUAUAUUAAUAAAUUACAAAUUUUC